AUGGCGUGCGGCGUCCACGCGCGUGAAAUAGAGGAAUCCACGAUUACUUCUGUGUUGAACGAAUGUUUACGAGAUUUUCCACACAUAGGAGCGCUGAAGAAGGAACAGAACACAGGCGGCCCAAACUCACGUUACGAGGGAAGGGUGUAAUGUAAUUUACAUACCAUAGGUGACGCGGCGGUGUCGCGUUACAGGCGACCGUUGAAAAUAUAAGAGACUUUGUAAGGGAAAUAAAUUACUGAGAUCUGCGAACGCUAAAUAACGCUAAACCUUACUUUUUCUUAAAUGAAAUGAAUAAAAAAGACUUACCUGCAAUGUAUUCCACUGCGUUUUGGUGUCUGUUGUCGUUUUACUGUUUUUUGGCUUUAUUGCGUAACCGCUGUUACUCCUUUCAUAGAACGAAGUGAAGGCUGGUCAUCACUUCGAUCUGUCGGGGUCUUGGACCACUCGCAACAAGAAUGCCAUUUUUUUUUUUGCCGAAAUUCAAAUCCGCUGCAAAUUUUUCAUCUCCAGCCUAAGAGGGAAACCUCGUCUUCCUCUCUGGAAGAUCGGCUCGAAAAAAGAUCCAUGAUUUCCUCAUUAAAUCGAGCCAUUUGUGCCGGAAAACGAGGCACGUCUGGCUUUCGUCCAGUGCCUGUGACCACUGUUGCGCUUGCCAACCAAUUUGCACUUACACGACUUUUUCACAGUACAAGAGCCUAGUUGACGUGUCAUUUCCGCCCUGGCACCCGUCGUGUAAGUGCUAAUUGUCAUAAUGCAAAUUAGUUGGUAAGCGCAACAGAGGUCACAGGCACUGGACGAAAGCCAGACGUGCCUCGACGUCCGGCACUUCGUUCUAUCUAUGAAAGGAGUAACAGCGGUUACGCAAUAAAGCCAAAAAAACAGUAAAACGAUAAACAGACACCAGAACGCAGUGGAUUACAUUGCAGGCAGGUAUUUUUUAUUCAUUUCAUUUAAAGGGACUGGUUCACGAUAAUGCGCAUGCGCGCCGUUUGGCUCUUCAGAAUAAAUUUGUUGGGUCAACACUAAAUUCGAAAUCGCCAUUACCGGUACAAUCACUGAAAAUCCUUCGCUUUAUUCGGACAUCCGUGGCUUUGACUGGUCUAGUUAUACUUCGGUAGUGGUGAUUAACGUGUGGUUGUGUCGUUUGACUGGUUACGUUUUAAGAAGACGCAAAAAAUAAUGUUUUGAUCAUGGAGGUUCAGAAGAGCAUCGUGGCCGUCCGGCAAAAGGACGUUCUCAAGAGUCUUAGGAGAUAGAGAAGCUUAGCCUAUCGAUCUGGUAUGGUUCUAGGAGUAGUGUGUGGCUUACGAAAAGAAUACAUGACACUUGGAAAGUGGUUAAAGGCAUGAGUUCGUUCAACUUUGAUUUGAUUUUUGACUCCGACCUGUAGUUAUACCGCAACAGGCCGCGUGAUCUUCACCGAUCUGGUACACUUGAAAUGUUCCUUGUAUCUUUGCUUUACGAUCGUAUAUGUUUAAGAAUUGAGGUUUUAAAAAUAUAUUAUUGCCUGAAUAUUUUGUUUACAAUAUAGUUUCUUUAUGUGUGCUACUCGAUAAUAUUUGUUUUGCGGAACACUGACCCGAUGUAACGCGAAUGAAUUUGUUCAUUUGCUGAUAAGCAUUUGAAAUUUAUGCUCAAUUAAGGAUAAUCUUUAUACUCAUACGUUGUGUGUUUUUGUCACCGGUCAGGCGGUAUUUGUAGGUAUUUCAGGGUUUAAAUAAGGCGAACUGAGAGAACAGUAAUAAGAUGUUUGAUUACAAAUUUUGUUUGCCGAUCGGUGACUGCUUUGUUAGCGUGGGUACGACCUCGUAAAAAUACACGUUGGUAAAUGUUUGUUUCAAAGCAGGACAGGGCUGUAAAUCUUAUUCUUAUCGGCUGCAACAUAUAACUGAGGAGUAGCAAAGAAUAAACUUGAAUUAUGGGGAUAAAUAAAAUCAAACCAAAUGCCCGGAAAUACUCUCGCGUCGCGAACAAUUAAUUUGAAUUUUGUAAAUUUACUUGCGUGCGUCUAACUCGCUUCCGAUUGGUUGAAAAACAAUCAGCUACUAUCAGAACUCACACAUGCGCAUUACCGUGAACCAGUCCCUUUAAGAAAAAGUAAGGUUUUGCGUUAUUUAGCGUUCGCAGAUCUCAGUAAUAUAGUUUUCAUACAAAGUCUCUUAUAUUUUCAACCGUCGCCUGUAACGUAUGGUAUGUAAAUUACAUUACACCCUUCCCUCGUAACGUGAGUUUGGGGCGCCUGUGAACAGAAGAUCUGCCUUGUGAACUUGGCGCGUGGAAAAGAUGUUUUUGCAAUCCUGCUCACCAGCCUCUGUCUUGCCUGAUAACAAAGUGGCAAUAA